AUGUUACUGAGAUUGUUUCACCGUUGUGCAUCAACAUCGACUGCGGCUCGUCCAACAAAUUUUACUUUCCCUCAACGUAUCGAACGUUCACCAACAGCGAUUCUCGAAUCCUUAAAUUCAUGUGUACAAACCGAUGGUGGAAAUCCUGCCUAUAUGUUCAUGGAUGAUCCAUUUCUGAUUCCAACGUCAGCAUAUGAAAAACGACAGCUAGCAUUAUCGAAAGCAUCGGGCAAAAAAGCAGCACGAUGGAUCAUCGAUCGUUAUUCCUACGCAUUCUUCCAUGAUGUGGCCGUACCAUCGAUUCCAUCGUAUUUUCCCACGUAUACAUUUGACGAAAAAGAAUUUAUCGAGCCCGACGAAUCAACUCUAUAUAAAUUAAUGAACUGGAACAAAGUUACCAAAGCACACGAAAUCUAUAAGAAAUGUUUGGAAUACAAGAUUGAUGUGUCCGAUGCAUGUAAAUAUGCAUUGUUUGACCUAUUAUGUAUCUAUAAUAGUGAGAAUCCAUUGGAAGCUUUACUACCGGAAGAAGAUUGGUAUCGAAGAGAAUUAAAUGAAAAAAAUCAGUCGAAUUUGACGAGUCGCACUUGGAAAGAAAAUGGUCUUGCUGAGCAAAUGUUCGAAGAGUUGAAGCUUUCCGCGACGUCCGAACAAAAAAUUCGUUUGUAUAAUUCCUUCGUAAGUGGUUUACUGAAGUACAAUCAUGUCGAAAAAGCAAUGACAAUCAUCGAUGAAAUGAAACAAGCAACUAUUCCUAUUGAUUUAACCACGUACAACUAUCUCAUUCGUUCAACUAGUCUCAUCAAAGAAUCCUAUGAUCAACGUUGGCAAUUUGUCGUCGAUACAUUAAAAGAAAUGAAAGAUAGCUCGAUCCAACCGAAUUUACGUACGUUCAAUUCAGUACUUUAUACAUUAAGACGAUGUCCAGCAUACGAGCAGGGCCCAAAAUUAGCGUUAGCCGUCCUCAACGAAAUGCGACAAUGUGGCAUCGAACCUUCACUUGGUUCAUGGGCACAUGUGAUCAUGAUCUUCUAUCCGAGCGAUCAGAUAGGUUUCGAAACGCAGAUGUUACCACAGAUUAUGGACGAAUUAGAAAAAGUCGCUCAACUCGAAUGGAAAGAUUCUGAUGACGGCGAAUUCUUCUUCAAUGCCAUGUUCAAAGCAACCGUUAACUGUCGUGACGUUGAACUAGCUAAACGUAUUCAUCGUUUUCUCAUGGUUGGCUCAAACACUCGAUUUAUUCCCGAUGGAUUUCGAGAACAGUUGUACUAUACGAAUCUAUUUCGUUUGCUCUUUCGCGUCGAUAUGCCCGAACAGGUUAUGCCGCUUUGGGAAUCUGUCGUACCGAAUGUUUAUUCGCCAUCAAUGAAUGUUAUGGAAGAUCUGAUCGAAUUUAUUUCAACAUGGAAUAUUCAAGAUUAUUACGUCCGCCUUUGGUCAGAUUUACUCAUGCUAGGUUUUAUCGACAGUCGACAAACUAAUCGUCGAAUUCUCGAUCGAUAUUUAUCAUUACUCAUUCAAACUAAUCAUGGAAAACCGUCGACUGAACAAAUCAAGCAAUAUGCCAAUAUCGCCCGACAGAUUUUGAAACGCUUUCCUUUGGAACCGGAGGAAGUUGAGCAACGAUUCGGUAGUACCAACGAUGCAUCCGCACAACAACAAGAAAUGACCGAUGGUCAACAAGAACAACAGCAGCAGCAGCAGCAACAAACAAACCAACUCCGACCAAAACUUCAAUAUGAUGGACAUCUAUUAUCAAAUCUAAUCUGUUUACUAGCUCCAGCCGACGACUGGGAAGCCAGUUGGUCAUUAUAUGAACACUACCUAUCGAAUCGUAGUACAUUGAUUAACGCACUGAAUGAACAAAGUCUUAUGUCGUUAUUAUCAUUAGCGAAUAGAAAGAAUGCGAUUAAUUCUGCUCUAGAUAUCAUUGAAACCAUCAAUGAAUUACAAUACGAAUGUUUAGGUGACGCACUCGAUUUGUUAAACCGUAAUGCGAACAAAGUCCAUUCAUUGUAUUUCAUUUUCGGUUCAACAUCAUUUCCAGGCAAAGUUUUACUGGAGAAGCUCUUACGAUCGUGUCCAGCAAUCAAGAAGAUCUAUUGUCCAAUAGAUACAAAUGAAAAUAAAUCGACACAUCAUCUCUCACCAAUAGACACAUUUGCUGAAAUCUACACAACUAAAUUAUUCGAACGGGUUCGAUGUAGUAAUGCAAAAUUUCAAGAAAAGAUUCUUCCAUUUGACAUCAACAUUCUCUUUCCGUCCUCAAAUGGUGAACGUAAUGGUGAUGAACAAGUAGAAAAUCACUCGGACGUCUUAUCUGCCAGAAAACUACGAGAGACGAUUGACAUAUGUUUCUAUAUGGCAAACAAUUCCAUCGAUUUCAAGGAACAAAAUCUGAAAGAAAUGGUUCAAACAAAUGUCAUGAAUCUGAAGAGUAACUUAAGUUUCCUGAAGACCUGUACGAAACUUAAAUCAGUCGUUUAUUUAUCAUCUAUAUACGCCAAUAUCGAUUGUCCAUACAUUGAUGAAUGCGUCUAUCCAUGUUCGAUUCAACCUGAGAAAUUAAUUGAUACACUUGACUGGAUGGAUCAAGAAAUGGUUACAUUAGCAACGCCAAAAUUGAUUGGACCGAAGCCGAAUGCAUUUUCGUUUUCACAUUGGCUUGCUGAAACACUUCUUGCCGAGGAACAAAAACAUCUGCCGGCAAUCUCGAUUGUUCGAGUAUCAAUUAUCGGUGCCGCUUGGAAAGAGCCAUAUCCAGGUUGGGUAGAGAAAUCCAAUGGUCCAAGUGAACUAUUCAUGGCAGCCGGCCGAGGUUACCUACGUUCAAUAAAAGGUGAUUCACUUGAUAUACUUGACAUAGUUCCUGUGGACAUACCUGUGAAUCUUUUGAUUGCGGCUGCAUGGCAAAAAUCCUUGGACGAAAAUGUCGAUCAUAUGACAAUCUACCAUUGCACGUCAAGCGGUCUCAAUCCAUUUCAUUGGCAAAAAAUGAGUAAUUAUCUAACAGAAUAUUCGAAACGAAUUCCAUAUGAACAUGCAUUUCGUCGACCAAACUUAUCUUUAACAAGUCAUAGUUUAUUACAUGAUUCGUAUGUCUUCUUUUCACAUUUGAUUCCGGCUUAUCUGGCAGAUAUUGGUUUACGCUGUAUCGGCCAGAAGCCACACAUAGUGAACAUUUACAAAAACCUACAUCGAACACUUCUUGCACUUGAAUCGUUUACAAUUCGAGGUGAAAUUCAGUGUUCAUAUGAGAGCGUGAAUUCUUUAAGACAAUUAUUAACUGAGAACAAUCUGUCGAAUGAAUUCUUUUUCGAUAUACGUGCAUUACACUGGCCAACGUACGUGGAAUCGUAUUUAAUCGGAACGAAACGUUAUGUUCUAAAUGAAGAUGUUCAGUGUUUGAACGGUGCACAAAAACAUCUGAAUAAUUUAAGAAACAUUCGUUGGACAUUCAAUACAAUUGUACUUGUUCUUCUUUGGAGAAUCUUCAUCUCGAAACGACCAACAGCACGAAAUCUUUGGUAUUUUAUUAUGAACUUUUUCGUGGCCAAAUUUGUUCGAUUUUUUAAAAUUCUCAGCGCAGGAAAUACAUAA